GCAAACACUCGUCGCCACUACUGCGGCUGUGCAGGAGUUCGAAUCGGCGGCGGUUACUCGCUAGGUUCCGGCGGGGCUGCUGCUGGCCAGCGUUCUCCAGCCAUGGAUAACCCGGAAAAUGUAUUUCAAAUGUUUGAGGCCCAUAUGCAGACCUACAAGGGUGAUGACCCACUUGGUGAAUGGGAAAGUUAUGUGCAGUGGGUGGAAGAAAAUUUUCCUCAGAAUAAAGAAUACUUGACAACUUUAUUAGAACAUUUAAUGAAGGAAUUUUUAGAUAAGAAGAAAUACCACAAUGACCCCAGAUUCAUCAAUUAUUGUUUAAAAUUUGCUCAGUGCAACAGUGACCUUCAUCAGUUUUUUGAGUUUCUGUACAACCAUGGGAUUGGAACCCUGUCAUCUACUCUGUACCUAGCCUGGGCUGGGCAUCUGGAAAGCCAGGGAGAGCUGCAGCAUGCCAGCGCCAUUAUCCGGAGAGGAAUUCAAAACCAGGCCGAACCUGGAGAAGUGCUGCAACAACAGUACAGGUUAUUUCAGACACGCCUCACAGAGACUCAUUUGCCAACUCAAGCUAGAGCCUCAGAACCUCUGCAUAAUGCUCAGAUUGUAAAUCAAAUGGCAUCAAAAUCAAAUCCAGGAAAUAACUCAGCAUGUGUUUCUAAGAAUCAGGGUUCAGAACUUUCUGGAGUAUUAUCUUCAGCUUGUGAUAAAGAGUCAAAUAUGAAACAAAGGGUGAUCAUGAUUUCUAAAUCAGAAUAUUCUGCACACCCAUCUUUGGCAGCCAAAGCUGAUGUUCAGCAGAUUGUGAUGUAUUGCAAGGAGAAGCUUAUUCGUAGAGAAUCAGAAUUUUCCUUUGAAGAACUGAGAGCCCAGAAAUAUAGUCAACGGAAAAAGCAUGAGCAAUGGGUAAAUGAAGACAGACAUUAUAUGAAAAGGAAAGAAGCAAACGCGUUUGAAGAACAACUGUUAAAACAGAAAAUGGAGGAACUUCAUAAGAAGUUGCACCAAGUGGUGGAGAUGUCACAUGAGAACCUGCCCGCUGUCCAGGCAAGGUCUGAGGUUGAUCCAGCACAUCUGGGGCCAGGUGUAGGCUCUCCACAGGAACUGGGAGGUCCAUCUCUUCCAGCCAUCAAUCAGCAGACCUCAGAGACCAUAGCAGAGAAAGCGAGAGAGGCAACUCCUGUCAUUCCUCAAAUGGCAGAUGCUGUCACCGUCGCUUUGGUGUCCCCGGCUAUCAGCCAGAGUGUAGCACCGCCUGUUCCUUUGACAGCCCAGCUGGCGACAGAUUCUGUGUUUGCAGUGGCCAGAAAAGAUUUGCAAUGUGUGACUAAAAGUACUCAGAAAUUCAAGCCACAGAGUGGAACAGAGGUAAAAGAAGGGUGCGAGACACAUAAGGUUGUUAACACAAGUUCUUUUCACACAACUCCAAACACAUCACUGGGAAUGGUUCAGGCAACACCAUCCAAAGUGCAGCCGUCACCCACUGUGCACACCAAAGAGGCGUUAGGUUUCAUCAUGAAUGUGUUUCAGGCUCCUACCCUUCCUGAUAUUUCUGAUGACAAAGAUGAAUGGCCAUCAUUAGAUCAAAAUGAAGAUGCAUUUGAAGCCCAAUUUCAAAAAAACGCAACGUCUUCUGGAGCUUGGGGAGUUAAUAAGAUUAUCUCUUCUUUGUCAUCUGCUUUUCCUGUGUUUGAAGAUGGAAACAAAGAAAAUUAUGGAUUACCACAGCCUAAACCUACAGGAGCAAGGACCUUUGGAGAACGCUCUGUAAGCAGAUUUCCUUCAAGACCAAAUGAAGUACCUCAUGCUGAGGAAUUUUCAGAUGAUUCAACCAUAUGGGGUGUCCGCUGCAACAAAACGCUGGCACCCACUCCUAAAAGCCCAGGAGACUUUACAUCUGCUGCACAGCUUGCAUCUACACCUUUCCACAAACUCCCAGUGGACUCAGUGCAUGCCCUAGAAGAUAAAGAAAAUGUGGUAGUGAAACAGCACACCCAUGUGACUGUGGAUGCCAGAGGAAAAGACCUGGUGGGACCCCCAAAAGACAAACAGUCCAGUUCAAUUCAAGAGAAAAGCCCAGAACCAGCCUUCCCCACAAAUCUGUCUUCGGCGUCCUUGCUCUACCUGAGCCAGCCUGCUGCAGUUGGUAUGCUGACCAGAGAGGCAGCGAGGGGCCUUGCAGCUUGUAAACUAGACACUGACUUUGCCAUUGCAGAGGAUCCAUCAAAGGCCAACGUGGGGCUCCAAGCAGAACAGAUGCAAACUAGUUCCCUUGGGAAUGUUGAUGCUCCAAGUAUGAACAAAUGCCCAGAAUUCAUUGUGCCCCUGAAUAAGGAUAAUAGCCUGGUAAAAGCUGACGUUGGUGAAGAUGGGACAGCUGCCCAGGCACCUGUCCCCAGGGGCCAGCAUGGUGCCCAGCAGUUCUGCCUCUGCUGGCAACGUUUGUCCCUCUGCCACAUCAUUGUGGCAGGUUCUUUGCUGGUCUAUGUUGAUCACCUUCUUGGAGAAGGGGCCUUUGCCCAAGUCUAUGAAGUUACCCAUGGAGAUGUGAAUGAUACCAGAAAAAAACAGAAAUUUGUUUUAAAGGUCCAGAAGCCGGCCAGCCCCUGGGAAUUCUACAUUGGGACCCAGCUGAUGGAGAGACUAAAGCCAAGUACACGGCACAUGUUUAUCAAAUUCUAUUCUGCCCACUUUUUCCAGAAUGGCAGUGUAUUAGUAGGGGAUCUCUACAGUUAUGGAACAUUAUUAAAUGCCAUUAACCUCUAUAAAAACACCCCUGAGAAAGUGAUGCCUCAGCCUCUAGUCCUCUUGUUUGCUGUCAGAAUGCUCUACAUGAUUGAACAAGUCCACGGCUGUGAGAUCAUUCAUGGAGACAUUAAGCCAGACAAUUUCAUACUUGGAAACAGAUUUCUGGAACAGGGCAGUGAAGGUGAUGAUUUAUCUGCUGACUUGGCUCUGAUUGACCUGGGUCAGAGUAUAGAUAUGAAACUUUUUCCAAAAGGAACUACAUUUACAGCAAAGUGUGAAACGUCUGGUUUUCAGUGUACUGAGAUGCUCAGUAACAAACCGUGGAACUACCAGAUUGAUUACUUUGGAGUUGCUGCAACAGUGUACUGCAUGCUUUUUGGCACUUACAUGAAAGUGAAAAAUGAAGGAGGAGUCUGGAAGCCUGAAGGUCUUUAUAGAAGGCUUCCUCAUUUGGAUACGUGGAAUGAGUUUUUUCAUGUCAUGUUGAAUAUACCAGAUUGCCAUCAUCUUCCAUCUUUGGAUUUAUUAAGGCAAAAGCUGAAGAAAAUAUUUCAACAACACUAUACAAACAAGAUUAAGGCCCUACGUAACAGGCUAAUUGUACUGCUCUUAGAAUAUAAGCGUUCUCGAAAAUAAAAUAUGGGUCACUUUGUAAAUACUCUUAGGAUAUAAGCGUUCUUGAAAAUAAAAUAUGAGUCACUUUGUAAAUGCUGGCCUGCCCACUUUGAA